AUGGAACAAAUUUAUCAAGAAUUUGAUCAAUAUGAUUUUGAGGAUGAUAUUAAUUUUCAGUCUGGAUUACCAUUAAUUCUUCAAUCUCGAUCUCAUGAAAAUAAAUCAAAAGAAGAAAUAGAUCAAAUUAUAAAAAAGGCAAAAUGGUUUUAUUUUUCAAAGUAA